AUGACGGAAAAACCUCAUGAUCAGAAAAAUGUGACCCACCAGCUUGACAGCAAAUCUCUGAGUAACCAAGAAAACUUGAAACUGUUUGGGAAAUGCAACAAUCCCAAUGGCCAUGGGCAUAAUUAUAAAGUUGUGGUAAUAGUACAUGGAGAGAAUGAUCCUGUUACAGGAAUGGUUAUGAAUUUGACUGACCUCAAAGAGUAUAUGGAGGCAAUGAAGAAGCCCCUUGAUCAUAAGAAUCUGGAUUUGGAUGUGCCAUACUUUGCAGAUGCUGUAAGCACAACAGAAAAAUGUAGCUGUAUAUAUCUGGGAAAACCACCAGAAAUUUCUUCCUUUAGGAGUUCUUUAUAA